UGCAAUCCCCAAGUUUCAACUCGUCCUCUGUUCUUGAAAAUUUUCUCCAGUCUCUCUGAUCUUCCACAUUAUCAUUUCUUUCCCACAUGAGCUUUGAUCCUUUGUAACAUUCUUCACAGGCGAAUCUGAAGACGAUCGAUGGAGUGGGCGACGGUGCAGCAUCUGGAUCUCCGGCAUGUCGGUCGCAGUUCCAAAUCCCUGCAGCCUCACGCCGCCGCAUUCCACCCCACUCAGGCACUCAUUGCUGCUGCCGUUGGGAGCUACAUCAUCGAAUUUGAUGCAUACACGGGAAGCAAGAUGUCUUCUAUUGACAUUGGUGCUCCAGUUGUCCGAAUGUCCUAUAGUCCGACGAGUGGUCAUACCGUGAUUGCUAUUUUAGAGGAUUGUACAAUUCGGUCCUGUGAUUUUGACAGUGAGCAGACAUGUGUGUUGCAUUCACCUGAAAGGAGGACAGAGCAAAUUUCUUCUGACACAGAAGUUCAUCUCGCCUUGACCCCUCUUCAACCAGUUGUCUUUUUUGGUUUCCACCGCAGGAUGAGUGUGACAGUUGUCGGAACUGUUGAAGGUGGGAGGGCACCUACAAAAAUAAAGACAGACCUGAAGAAACCAAUUGUCAAUCUUGCUUGCCAUCCUCGUCUUCCUGUGUUGUAUGUAGCUUAUGCAGAUGGUUUGAUUCGAGCCUACAACAUUCAUACUUAUGCAGUUCAUUACACACUACAACUUGAUAACACCAUUAAGCUCAUUGGUGCCGGUGCAUUUGCAUUUCAUCCAACAUUGGAAUGGGUUUUUGUUGGUGAUAGACGGGGAACACUUUUGGCAUGGGAUGUGUCGACUCAGAUACCUAGUAUGAUUGGAAUUACACAAGUGGGUUCCCAACCAAUCACUUCGGUUGCUUGGCUCCCAAUGUUGAGGUUACUUGUCACUGUGUCGAAGGAUGGAACACUUCAAGUAUGGAAAACGCGAGUGAUACUUAAUCCCAAUAGACCUCCUAUGCAAGCAAAUUUUUUUGAGCCUGCUGCAAUUGAGUCCAUUGAUAUCCCUCGAAUUCUGUCUCAGCAGGGGGGGGAGGCUGUUUAUCCCCUACCACAAAUUAAAUUGUUUGAGGCUCACCCAAAACUGAAUUUAGCAACAUUACUGUUUACAAGUGUGACAGGUGGAGAUAAUCUGAAAAACAGAGCUGCAUACACUAGGGAAGGAAGAAAGCAACUCUUUGCGGUUUUGCAAAGUGCAAGGGGGUCUUCAGCGUCUGUUUUGAAGGAAAAGCUUUCAUCCCUUGGUGCAUCUGGAAUUUUAGCUGAUCAUCAACUUCAAACACAACUGCAGGAGCAUCAUUCAAAAGGCCAAAGUCACCUUACAAUAUCAGACAUUGCACGGAAGGCUUUUCUUUACAGUCAUUUUAUGGAAGGUCAUGCUCGAUUUGCUCCAAUAUCUCGGUUGCCUCUCAUUACUAUUUUGGAUGCUAAGCAUCAUCUGAAAGACACUCCUGUUUGUCAGCCAUUUCAUUUAGAGCUGAAUUUCUUCAAUAAAGAGAAUCGAGUUCUUCAUUAUCCUGUCAGGGCUUUUUAUAUAGACGCUGUAAACCUUACAACCUAUAAUCUCUGUUCUGGAGUGGAAAAUACUUACAAAAAGCUUUACACUUCGAUACCUGGAAACAUAGAAUUCUACCCAAAGUACAUGGUUUACAGUAAAAAGCAACAUCUGUUUCUUGUAGUUUAUGAGUUCAGUGGUGCCACAAAUGAAGUGGUUCUUUAUUGGGAAAAUACCGAUUCUCUGACAGCCAAUAGCAAAUCAAGCACAGUCAAAGGUCGAGAUGCUGCAUUUAUUGGCCCUAAUGAAAAUCAGUUUGCAAUUCUUGAUGAGGAUAAGACCGGGCUUGCUUUAUAUAUAUUGCCAGGAAUGGAUGCAAAAGAUGUUAAUGAAAAGAAUGGAGCAGUUGAACAUGAUCUUUCUGAGGAUACCAAAGUUGGUUCGGUUAAGGGUCCGCUGCAGUUCUUGUUUGAAACUGAAGUUGAUCGUAUCUUUUCUACUCCACUAGAAUCAACUAUGUUAUUUGCUUCUCAUGGGGAUCAGAUUGGCUUGGCAAAACUUGUUCAAGGAUAUCGUCUUUCAACUGCCGAUGGUCAUUAUAUAUCAACAAAAGCAGAAGGAAAAAAGUCAAUCAAGUUGAAAGUAAAUGAGACUGUACUACAGGUUCACUGGCAAGAAACUCUCAGAGGAUAUGUUGCAGGAAUAUUAACUACUCAAAGGGUGCUUAUUGUUUCAGCAGACCUAGAUAUACUGGCUAGCAGUUCUGCAAAAUUUGAUAAAGGACUUCCUCCAUUUAGAUCCCUUCUCUGGGUUGGGCCUGCACUUCUGUUUUCUACUGCCUCUGCUGUCAGCAUGCUUGGCUGGGAUGGAAAAGUGAGGACAAUUCUGUCCAUUAGUAUGCCCUGUUCAGUAUUGGUUGGUGCUCUGAACGAUCGGUUGUUGCUCGCAAACCCAACAGACAUAAAUCCCAGACAAAAGAAGGGGGUUGAGAUAAAGAGCUGCCUUGUUGGUCUUCUUGAACCUCUUCUUAUUGGCUUUGCCACAAUGCAACAAAACUUUGAACAGAAGCUUGACCUUUCAGAAACACUGUACCAAAUUACAUCAAGGUUUGACAGUUUGCGCAUUACUCCAAGGUCUCUUGAUAUUCUUGCUAGAGGUUCCCCAGUUUGUGGAGAUCUUGCUGUAUCAUUAUCCCAAGCAGGCCCGCAGUUCACUCAGGUGUUGCGCGGAAUCUAUGCAAUCAAAGCUCUCCGAUUUUCCACUGCUUUGUCUGUCUUAAAGGAUGAGUUUUUGCGUUCAAGAGAUUAUCCACGAUGCCCUCCAACUUCUCAUUUAUUUCACCGGUUUCGCCAGUUGGGAUAUGCCUGUAUCAGGUAUGGUCAAUUUGACAGUGCGAAAGAAACAUUCGAAGCUAUAUCGGACUUCGAAAGCAUGCUUGACUUAUUCAUUUGCCAUCUCAACCCUAGUGCAAUGCGACGUCUUGCUCAGAGAUUGGAAGAGGAGGGCACUGAUUCAGAGUUGAGGCGAUAUUGUGAAAGGAUUUUAAGAGUGCGCUCUACUGGGUGGACACAAGGCAUUUUUGCCAAUUUUGCUGCUGAGAGUAUGGUUCCAAAAGGGCCAGAAUGGGGUGGCGGGAAUUGGGAAAUCAAGACGCCCACCAACUUGAAGAGUAUACCCCAGUGGGAGUUGGCCGCAGAGGUGAUGCCUUACAUGAAGACUGAUGAUGGUACCAUCCCAUCCAUUGUGACAGACCAUAUCGGUGUCUAUUUGGGUUUAAUUAAAGGAAGGGGAAAUGUUGUUGAAGUAAGGGAAGAUAGUUUGGUCAAGGCGUUUAAGCCUGCAGGUAGCAAUGCUGUGGCAAAUGGACUCCCCCCAUCUUUUGCAACGUCUAUACCUAACAAGUCCCAGGGGUUGCAUGAUGGUGUUUCCAAGGGUGUUUCCUUAAUGGGUCUAGAAACCCUUACUAAGCAAAUGCCAGGUUCCAGCGCUGCAGAUGAACAGGCAAAAGCUGAAGAAGAAUUUAAGAAAUCACUGUAUGGCACUGCUGCUGAUGGUAGCAGCAGUGAUGAGGAGGGAACUUCAAAAGCUAACAAAAUACACAUAAGAAUCCGAGACAAACCAAUUGCACCUACUACAGUGGAUGUUAAUAAGAUCAAAGAAGCGACAAAGCAGUUCAAACUUGGUGAAGGACUGGGCCUAUCAAUGGGUAGGACCAAGUCAUUAACUGGUGGAUCCCAAAACCUUGGCCUGAAUAUUCCCCAAGCUACUGCAACAACUGGAAAUGUAACUGCUCCCGCAGUUUCUGCCCCUGUUGAUCCUUUUGGAACUGACUCGUUAACACAAACUGCACCUGCAGCACAACCUGCUUCUAUGGCUACUAAUGCUGCUGGAGUUACAGUUGGGCCAAUCCCAGAGGACUUUUUCCAGAAUACAAUAUCAUCCUUGCAGGUUGCAGCCUCUCUGCCUCCCCCUGGGACAUUUCUGUCAAGAUUGGAUCAGAAUUCUCAAGGGGUUGAAAGCAGCAAGGUUACUCCUACCCAGGUUAGUGCUCCUGUAGCUGAUAUUGGUCUACCUGAUGGCGGUGUACCUCCUCAAGCACCUCAGCAACCUGUUUCAACUGAGUCCAUUGGACUUCCAGAUGGUGGCAUCCCACCACAGUCCACUCAGACUCAGCAUGCUGUCCUGGCACAAUCCCAGGUUCAGGUAGCUCAGGCCCCGGUGUCCACCCAGCCCCUUGAUCUUAGCUUGCUUGAAGGUCCUGGUUCAGUAAAUUCAGGAAAACCUUCUGCACGUCCAGCUUCUCCUCCAUCAUCCGUGCGUCCUGGACAGGUUCCUCGUGGGGCUGCUGCUUCAGUUUGUUUCAAGACUGGACUUGCUCACCUUGAGCAGAAUCAACUUCCAGAUGCAUUAUCCUGCUUUGAUGAAGCUUUUCUGGCACUCGCCAAGGAUCAAUCUCGUGGAGCUGACAUUAGAGCUCAAGCCACAAUCUGUGCUCAGUAUAAGAUUGCAGUUGCUCUUCUUCAGGAAAUUGGCCGACUGCAGAGAGUCCAAGGCCCCAGUGCCAUCAGUGCAAAAGAUGAGAUGGCAAGACUAUCACGCCAUCUUGGUUCAUUACCUCUUUUGGCAAAGCACCGGAUAAACUGCAUUCGAACUGCCAUUAAACGGAACAUGGAGGUACAGAAUUAUGCAUAUUCCAAGCAGAUGCUUGAGCUCCUCCUAUCUAAAGCACCUUCGGGCAAACAAGAUGAGUUGAGAAGCCUGAUUGACAUGUGUGUUCAAAGGGGUUUGUCCAACAAGUCCAUCGAUCCUAUGGAAGAUCCCUCCCAAUUCUGUGCUGCGACACUCAGCCGUCUGUCAACUAUUGGAUAUGAUGUUUGCGACCUCUGCGGGGCCAAAUUCUCAGCCCUUUCAACUCCUGGCUGCAUUAUCUGUGGUAUGGGUAGUAUUAAAAGGUCAGAUGCACUCGCAGGACCUGGACCUGUUCCUUCACCAUUCGGCUGACAACAGAUGAACUCGUCGUACCAAAUGAUUUACUUCUACCAUAGGGCAAUUUUGUUAAUGUCGUAGAGUUCACAACGCCCCUCCUCUCCAACGAAGCCACUGCAACCAGAAAUUACCUUUGGAGAACCGUUCGCAUGAUGUCAAGUUAUAGUGGGGAAAAAAUAGCAGUGCUCAUUAGGUGUAUAGCGUGUUAUUAUUGUGGUUGUUGUGUUUGAUGAGUAAUUUUGUUUCUUCUUUUAUUAUGUUUUUAAAGACUUCACAACACGUUUUCAGUUGUGAUUUGAUUAUUGUUUCGAUAUACCUCCCUAUUUGGGUUGGCAUCGACUAUUGUUUAUAUUAUGUACCUGGGGUUCACUGUUUC